UUGGCUUAGUUAUGACAGAUUUAAUUUUGGUUUCCUGACAAAAUUGCGAUGAUUCUCCACCUCUACUAUUGAUAUUUUUGUUAUCGAUCCCGAUUCCACCUCUAGUUCUGAGGCUUGUCACCGCUAAAUUUCCCGUAGACAGCUGUGGUGCGUAGGCGAAUUUCUAAUUUUCUGCAAUUUUCUAUGCGGAAGCGUAUUAAAUGUCAAGUGCAUUCGUUUCAGACUUGGACGGAGACUUGCAUUGCGGCUAUUUGGCACGGGGCAGGUGGAAUUAAGGACUCAGCGACGCGAAGGCAGGCUAGAACCCCAACAAUAUGGGAAACACCGACUCCAAGUUGAACUUUCGCAAGGCCAUUGUGCAGCUGACGCAGAAGAACCAAAAGAUCGACCCCAGCGACGACCAGUUCUGGGAGCAGUUCUGGCAGGGUCACCAGACGACGCUGGAGGACGUGUUUGCGCUGGUCACCUCGAAUGAGAUUCGCCAGAUCCGGAACGACAACCCGGCCAACCUGGCCACUCUGUGCUACAAGGCAGUGGAGAAGCUGGCCCAGGCCGUGGACAGUAGCUGUCGCACGCAGACGGAGCAGCAGUGUGUCCUCAAUUGUGUCCGGCUGCUGAUACGAUGCCUGCCCUACAUCUUCGAGGACGAUAAGUGGCGCGAUUUCUUCUGGAGCAGUCUGCCGUCGCAGGAGAAAACCAUGCCGCUGGCGCAGUCGUUACUGAACGCUACCUGCGAUCUGCUCUUCUGUCCGGACUUUACGGUUACGGCAACUCGGCGCACGGGUCCCGAGAAGGCCGAGGAGCUGGCUAACAUCGAUAGCUGUGAAUACAUUUGGGAGGCGGGAGUGGGUUUUGCCCAAUCACCUCCACACAACGCCCAUAUGGAGCGGCGGCGCACAGAGCUGCUGAAAUUGCUGCUCACCUGCUUCUCGGAGCCCAUGUACCGUUCGCCGCAGCAGUCCGAGGAGCCCAACAAAUGGAUAGCUUACUUCACCUCCGCUGACAAUCGACAUGCGUUGCCUUUGUUCACCUCGUUCCUGAACACCGUAUGCUCUUACGACCCGGUGGGAUUCGGCGUGCCCUACAAUCACCUGCUGUUCGCGGACACCACGGAGCCCCUGGUGGAGGCGUGUCUGCAGCUGCUGAUCGUGACGCUGGACCACGACAUGGUGGUGCAGCAGCAGCUCACCCAGCCCGGUCAGGCAUCCUACGAUGAAGGCAAUUGCGGUGACAACUUGUUCAUUAACUAUCUGUCGCGGGUGCAUCGGGAUGAGGACUUCCACUUCGUACUCAAAGGCAUUACGAGGCUGCUGAACAACCCUCUCGUCCAGAACUACUUGCCCAACUCCACGAAGCGGCUGCACUGCCACCAGGAGCUGCUCAUAUUGUUCUGGAAGAUCUGUGACUACAACAAAAAGUUUCUGUAUUUCGUCCUGAAGAGCUCCGAUGUCCUGGACAUCCUCAUUCCGAUCCUGUAUCACCUGAACUACUCCCGAGCGGAUCAAUCGCGCGUGGGUCUAAUGCAUAUUGGGGUCUUCAUACUGCUGCUGCUGUCGGGUGAGCGUAACUUUGGCGUCCGCCUAAACAAGGCCUAUUCAGCCACCGUGCCCAUGGACAUACCAGUGUUUACCGGAACGCAUGCCGACCUCCUAAUCACGGUGUUCCACAAGAUCAUAGCCACUGGCCAUCAGCGCCUGCAGCCGCUGUUCGAUUGCUUGCUGACCAUUUUAGUAAAUGUUUCGCCCUACCUGAAGACCCUCUCGAUGGUAGCCAGUGUAAAGCUGCUGCAUCUCCUGGAGGCAUUCAGUACGCCUUGGUUCCUGCUUUCGGCCCCAAGUAAUCACCAUUUGGUGUUCUUCUUGCUGGAGAUCUUCAACAACAUCAUACAAUAUCAGUUUGACGGCAACUCGAAUCUAGUCUACACCAUCAUACGCAAGCGUCACGUGUUCCAUGCUAUGGCGAAUCUCCCGACGGAUAUGGCAGGCAUAGCCAAGUGUCUCAGUGGCCGCAAGACGGGCGGAAAGUUCAACUUGCCGCGGGUGCCACAGAGAAGGACAACAGCUGUCUCGCAAGAGCUGCCCUCGGCUCAUGUGCCGGAGGAGUACAACGAAGAGGAUGAUGAUGAGGACGAGGAAGAAGAGGGAAACAUUAUUAACGAAGAGCCCAAGGCCGAGGAAGAUCUCGAAUCGGAAACAGAGUCCCAUGAGCGAUCUCAGGGAGGUGAGGCACAGCUGGGUGAGGUACUUACUGCACAGCCCGCGGAACCGGGAACCCUAAAGACCUCUCUCCUGGACACACCGGGCAUAAGUCAGAUGACGGAGCGAGAACAAGCCCAUCCGAAUGACAAGGCACAGGCAGACGCUGAUUCUACGGAUAUGGUGCCCUAUGACAGGUCAGCGGCAUCGACACCAACUGGCGAACCGAAGUCCACCUCACCUACGGAGCUGUCCCGUCUCUCCGUGGCUCACAGAGGCAGUAUUCGCAUGGUGCCCAGCGAAGGCGAUCGGUGGACUCCAACGCCUGAGUGGAUAGUAUCUUGGCGCUCCAAGCUGCCGCUGCAGACCAUUAUGCGACUGUUGCAGGUCUUGGUGCCGCAGGUGGAAAAGAUCUGCAUAGACAAGGGCCUAACCGACGAGUCGGAGAUCUUGAAGUUUCUGCAGCACGGAACACUGGUUGGCCUGCUGCCCGUGCCGCAUCCCAUUCUCAUCCGGAAGUACCAGGCCAAUGCGGGGACCACGGCCUGGUUCCGCACUUACAUCUGGGGGGUAAUCUAUCUGCGCAACGUGGAGCCGGCCAUCUGGUAUGAUACGGAAGUCAAGCUCUUUGAGAUUCAGCGCGUCUAGGUCAGUAAACACCUGCAGCAGCAGUAGCAGCGUAACCGUAGCUCACACGCUUUGGCAUUUAUUGUAGUUAAUUUAUUUAGUGCUUAUAAUAUCCAUUCCAAAAGUGUUUUUGAAAAAAUCCAAUGUAUAACGAAAUCCCUUUCCCUUAUUGCUUAUUGACGCUCCACGUCUUUCGAUUUUCCCUCGAACGACCCCGAAUGAGGCUUAUCAGUUGUAACGAUAUAGUGUGAGUUCUUUUAACUGUUUUGUUAUCGCGGCAUUUAGCAUUGAAUAUUAAUUGCUUUUCCUAAUAUAAUAAUUUAUUAAUUUAUAUUGAGCUCUCAAAGAACAGUUUGUACUUUAGUUGUAAACUAAAUUAUUUAAACAUCAUUAUAUUUAUGUUUUGGGUUAAUCAACAUGUUCCUUGUGCCGUAAUGCUUUAUGUAUUUUAUAUUUUUACUGGUAAUUCACAGCUAUCAAUGCUUCUGAUAAUGCAAAACCUACCCUACCUGCCCACACCUGUUGCUUUUAACCUUAUAUCAAAAUUCCAAUUUUUUAAUUAAUGGACUCCAAUCGAAACCGAAAACAGCUUUACUUGCUUUUGUAAUUAACAGUACACUUUAGUUGAAUCUAAACUUCUGCUUUUUAAACUUAAUUAAACAGUAAUUAGCGAGAGUAAGGAAAAAGUGUAAUAACUCAUUGUCUACGUGUGCUUAAAAAAUAUAUACAACGUCAUAAAACCUAUAACUUUAAAGGGAAUACAAGCUAAACCAAUGGCACCUAUACAAGUCAUAGAUAUUUAAAAU